CAACUGAAUCUGGAGGUCAAGCUAUGGGUCAGAAUAUUUGAAAAGGAUCUUGCCAUGCCUUAUGAAUGAACCAGAACAGGAGAAUACCAUCAAGCCUUCCCAGUUGCUCAAGAUUCAGAGACAUUUCUGGUAGUUUUCCUUUCUGUCAUCCCCAAGAUGGAGGGAAAAAGAAAAAACCUUGUCACAGGAAAUAAAGAGUCAACUGAAACUCUAACACUUGAGCAGUGCACUCUGAGGACCAUGAGAGAAGUAUCCAAGAGUCACCCAGCUGGCAUACAUUUGGAAAAUUGCACAUCACAAGGCAUUUCUGAAGUAACCUCCAGCGAAGUCCAUAUAAUGAUGCUGUCUGAUUCAGAAGCAGAAGAGGUUCAGCAAAUCUCUGAAAGAGCAACACGACAUGAUUAUAAGGAAAUGUAUCAAACAGGUCCUCAGGAAUCCAGUUCAAAGAUGAACAGGAAUGGUAGUCAGAACUAUUGCUAUGGGAAAUUGCAGUUUGUAGAGCAGAUAAUGCAACAGAUUACAGACUUGCCACUGGAUCAUAUAGACUCACGUACCACGGCUUUGCGCUGUCAGGGACUGCUUCUCAUUGAGGACCUAAGCCAAGUGGACCCAUCUCUGUGGUCUAAAGAGAAACUGCUCAGUGUCUGCAUUGCCAGCAUCUUUGCCUUGCCCUCAGUUGACACCUUACAAAGGCAGGAUGAGGAAAACGCUAAUGUGCAGGCAUUGUAUAACCAGACUGUGGAAGCUAUGGAAGCAAUGCUGAAGUGCCUCUUAUCAAAGAACCGAAACACAACUGAACUGUUUCUACUCUUAGAACAAGUAGCACCCUGGAUGACAUCGGCACAAGCACACGAACGAGCCAGAGCAGUGAACACCUACGUAUUCCUGUUAAAAUUUGCAGCCACUUGCCCCAUGUUUCAUAUGUCACCUAAAUGUCCUAGGCUGGGGGUUCUGAUUAGUCAGCUGUGCCUGCGUCUCAAUGACCCCAAAAAGAAGAUUGGCCAACAGGCUAUGGAAGGCUUAUAUUUCCUGUAUUCCCUCAUACAGCACGAAAGGGACACGGAAAUGACAACUGAUUCCUUCGAAGAAGAGCAAUAUGAAAUGUCUAAACAGAUUUUGGGCAUUUACAACCCUGUUAGACCUCAUCAAAAUGUCAUUCAAAUUAUUAAGGAAUUUGAGCCACAUCUCACCUCAAAACAGAUGGCAGAUCUUUUACUGACAGCUAUAGACUGCCUAAAGGAAGCCAAUAGGCACACGGCUGCAACAUCCCAUACCAUCACAUCGGUCAUCAUGGAGUGCUACAAACAGAAAUUGCAUGAGCAGGUGCCAGAAAUUGUGGAUAAGAUUUACCAGCAGCUUGGUUCCAUCUACCAGUUCCGGGACAGACAGAUAAUGCUGGGAGUCAUGUCAAGCCUGGCUCAUACCUACAUGGCAGAAGUAUGCAAUGCCCUGCUAAACUGUCCUUUUCCAAUUGACAGAUUUUCCGCUGAGAUGUGGUACGUGUUGGCAAAAACAUGCUCAGACUCUGAGAUAACUGUUCUUGUGAACAUACUACUGAAAAAGUUGCAGCUGAGUCCAAAGGCUACAGGAAACUAUACCACACCUCUGGCGGCUGCCAGUGCUUUCUGCAAGUUGUUAUCAAUGCCGAAAUGUUCAGACGUUGCACUCUAUAUCUAUCCUCGACUGCUGAUGGCACUGCUUGUUCAAGUACACUAUAAUAUCAGGCACAAUGUUAUAGGGAUCACAGUUUCUCAGGAGGAGUAUGAGCCUGUGAGCUAUGUUGUGAUGGCACUGAAGACACUUCUCCUAUCUGUGAGGUGCUAUUAUGAGUUUGCUGUUAUCGAGAAGGAGCAAGGCUGGGAACUGCUCACCAGCUGUGAAGAUCACCAUCGAGGGGUAGGCCUUCUUGCGAGCUUCACCUUUGUGAUAUGUGUCCUAACCAGAACCAUGCUUCAAAACUCCUAUUAUUUUGACCUUCAGAGGAUCUUGUACCUCCUGGUUCCCUUCUUGGAGCGAGGUGAUGAGGAGCACCAGAUCACAGCAACAGCUUUCUUCAUUGAAAUUCUUUAUAUGCCAGAGGCCAGGAGACUUCCAGAACAGUAUUCUUUUCACCGCCUGAAUCGAGGUCUGAUGAAUGAAAUCCCAGUUAUCAGGGCAUUGUGUAUUAAAGGACUGGUUAGCAUGGCAGACUGGCCAAGAAAGGACGUAAACCUGUUACUGCCAACAAUGACAAAAGGCCUGUCUGGAAUGGAUGGGAGACUGUUUGUGGAGAGUGUUGCUGAAAUAGAGAAGAUUCUCGAUGGCCAAGAAGAAGCAGAUUGUAUUUGCAACAUCACCCUUUCUCUUCAGGAACUCUUCAGUGAUAAUAGAGAAAGUGUACGUGCUUCUGCCAUAUAUCUUUUUGGGAAAAUGUUGAGAAGGGCCAAGAAAAACAACAAACUAAUGAUAAGGCAACAAGUACUAGAAAGCAUGGUUCCAUUAUUUUUGCAUCUCCAGGAGGAGAACUCUGACAUCAGCAAGAAAUCUAAGUAUGCCUUGGAGGAAUCCUUUCACUUCCUGGGAUGGAAACCCCCAAAGCAGAUUGUCAGCUCUAAAGCUUGGUAUGAGCAUGAAGACAUUGUGGAUGAAACCUGCCUGUACCUCGUAGAGAAACAACAAGGAGCUCUUCAAAGGUUCUUGUACCAGGGCAUUUUCUACACUGAGAGUCCACUUCUUUCUAUAAAAAGGGCUUCCAUCAUGUUCCUUGGUUUCCUAGUACUACACAUGGACAACACAGUGGCAAAGGAAGAUCUUGAUUUGGUAUCCCAAACUCUUGAAGGCCUGAUGCAUGACCCUGAGGUAUCUGUGUGUGUCACUGCAGCUCAUGCCCAUGACCGUGUCUUUGCUGUUCUCUCGAAACAGAAGAACAGGCUUGAUGACAACAACAUGACAGCAACCAGUGACACUGGGGUUGAAAAGCUGGUGAGGAAUUCAAGAUCCCAGAAUGCUUUCCGCAACAGUGGCUCAAGUCUUUUUCGUGUCCUCAGCCUCUGGAAGUCUGCCAACAACAAUUAGUCUCUAGCUAGUGGAUGGGAAAGGAGUUUGGCACGCACCUUUUCACAGCAACAAAACAGCUGCAAACAUCACUCUUGCAGUCACCUUCAGGAUGAACAACAUGGAGAGGACCCAUAAAAGGAAUCACUGCUUUAUCAUCUACCUCAAUAAUAAAAGCCUCUGGUU